AGGGAUGACUGGGCACUAUGUCUAUCUUUUUUUGUGACAAGCGCCGCAGCUGUUUAAACGCUUAACUGUUUAAAAGAUUAGCGUGGAACCUUAACAGGAGUCAAAAAGUUAAAAGAAGUUCCACAUACCUGUGAAAAUUCAACUGCUUGAGGAGCCCAUGGAUCUGAGUCUGUAUAUAAUUAUUUGUAUGUAUGCUGGAAAUGCUGCUGUUUGGGGUUGCCCUCCGAGUUGCCAGUGCAAAGAUGGCAAUACUGAUUGCACAGGCUAUGAUAUUAAAGAAUUUCCAUCCCCUAUUCCACCAACAACAAAGUCUAUACACAUUUUAUAUACAAACCUGUCCUCCCUGCAGCCUGCUGAUUUCGAUGCAUUUUCUGAGACUCUAACAAUUCUCAAAAUCAAUAAUUCAAAGAUAAAUGAGGUGCAACCUCACACAUUUGACAAAACACUCAAACUCACCACUUUAGUGUGUUCAGGAACUGAGCUGGUUUCUCUUCCAGAGGAUUUGUUUCAACAACUAUACUCACUCUCCAAUCUGAUUCUGAGCAACAACAAGCUAAAUCAACUUCCUUCAUCUUUGCUAACAUCUCUUUGGUCUCUGAAAAGCUUAGACCUAAGCAAAAACAACAUGAGCUCCAUCCCAGAGGAUGCAUUACAGGGUUUAGUUAACUUGGAGAAGAUUGUUCUGCAUGGCAAUGGCAUCAGAGUACUACAAAAUGGAACUUUCCAUGGACUUAAAAAGCUUAAAGUGUUAUCCCUUCAACAUAACAAACUAAAAGUGAUCCCUGGCAAUGCAUUUGAGCACCUGGUUAAUCUGGAGACCUUGCAUCUGCAGCAUAAUGCUAUCACAAAUCUUCCAGCACAACUUUUUGCACAACAGCAGAAGCUCCAGAAACUCUACCUCUCUAAUAAUCAGUUGGCUUUUCUUCCUGAAGGCAUCUUCUUGAGGCUCCCGAAGCUACAGCAGAUCUCACUUUAUGACAACCAUCUGCAGAGUCUGUCUAUUAACACCUUUGGGCCUAUGCUACUGCAGGAGCUGUGGCUAUAUGACAACAUGUUAACCCGGCUUGAGGAAAACGUAUUUAGCAAUUUAACCCACGUACGACUUUUGGUGCUGAGCAGAAACAAGAUCUCGCAUAUUUCUCCAGGUGCUUUCAAUGGAUUGACUGCGCUAAAAGAAAUUUCUUUGCACACUAACUGCCUAGCGAACCUCGAUGAAGGAGUGUUCAUGGGGCUUCCACAGUUGGUUAAAAUAUCAUUGGAAAACAACAAACUUGAGUAUAUUCCAGAGAAUCUGCUCGAUGCUAUUCUUUUAAACCAACUGGAGCUACAAAACAACUCUCUAUUCUCUUUACCAAAGAAAUUUCUAGACUCAUUAAUCAAAGUUGACAGUGUGGUGUUAACUGAAAAUCCUUGGAGGUGUGACCAUGGCAUUGAACCCCUUCAAGAAUGGUUAAAGCAAAACCAAGAUAAAGUAAAAAAUGUCACUCUUGUGUGCGCUAGUCCUUUAGACUGGAAAAACAUCAGUAUAAUAAACUUUCUUUCCAGGAAUAACUUUCCCGCAGAUAAAACAACAGUACUUUUAGAGAAAAAAGAGCUCCUCAUCGACGCACUAGGAAUGCAUAUGAUCAUCGUCGCAGUAGUUUGCACUGCAGUCAAUGUUAUUAUUAUCACUUGUGUUGUUUGCUGGAGGAAGAACAAACUGGACAGUCAAAAAAAUGUAUUAUAAUGUUGAGUUUCUAAAAUGCAUUAAAAAAUGUAAGUCAUGGAAAAAUAUAAAUUUGUAUUGAAUAAGAAAUAGAUUUUUCUUGCUAGAUUUUUUUGAAAAACUUACUUGUUGAAAGCCUCACAAAUUGUACAGUGACCUAAGUAUUAUUAUUAUUUAUAUUAUAAUGAUUAUUAUAAUAAUAAUUAUUAAUAUAAUUUUUAUUAUUAUUCAUUUUAUUAUUACCUUAAAAUUGCUGUAUUUUGACAUUGAAAAACGAAACUUGUAUGAGGUAAUAUGAUUAUAAUAAAAAGUACCAAGAUUAAAUAUGACAAAAUAUGUUUGUCAGCAAAGAAUUGAAUGUAUUAUCAAAUACUAUUUUUCUGUUUGAAAAAAAAAAAAAAGAAGGAAUUUCCUGUAAAAACAAAGAUCUUGAGUUUACUGAUGCAAAGAAUUCUCACACCCAACAUCGACUUUGGUCAGUUUAAUGUUUCUUAAUCAUGCAUUUUUGCUUUACAUGUUUCUAAAACCUCUACACAAUAUUUUAAAGAGUAUGUGGAAAUAUUUACAAAGUGUGUAGUUCCGAAGAAUCUAAAUUCAGCUCCAUUACAUUUUCAUUUUGUCUUUACUUCAAUGUGGAUGUUAAUUGUUAAGAAUUAUGUGGAAAAAAAUACAUGUGGGAGGCGUAUUAUUCUUGUAAAGGUCUUUGAAAUGGAUUGAACUAACAUCACGAGGUAUUAAAUUAUAUCAGUAUGUAUACUUUUAUUUUUAUUUACAUUACACAUUUGAUAUCAGACGGAGUCUAUAAAAUGUUGAUUUUUAAAUGAAACCUUUUCAGUUUUAUAAUAGAAUUUUGGGUAGCAUCAGUUAAAACGUAUCCUUUAUUUAUUAGUUAAUUUGAAACAAUAUGCAACCAGAUUAUGGUUAUAGAUGUUAGAAUGAUCUGCAAAUUGACUACUCUAAAAUAUAUCCACGUUUCAUUUCUAUAGUAGUGUCCCUUGAGAAAAUAUAAUAAAAUGAUUGCUGAAAUGUAAGGAGUGCACAUUUGUGAGAUUCUGUAUAAUAUCAAACAUCAAUAACCAUAAUCUGGUUGCAUUUUG